AUGACGACCACAAAAGUCGACGUGCUGAUAAUAGGGGGCGGCUCUGCUGGACUCUGCGCCGGUGUUUGGUUAGCCCGCAACGGCAUCUCGUACCGGAUAUUGGAACGGCGCCCCGGCAUGUUAACACAAGGGCAAGCGGAUGGCGUUCAGGUUCGGUCGGUGGAGGUGUUCGAGAGUUUUGGGAUCUCGGAAGAACUGCUCAAAGAGGCGUAUCAUGUGUUAGAAGACGUGUUCUGGUCACCCGUCUCCGAGAACGAUGAAAGCGCCUUACGGCAGGGGGUAGAUGGGGCAUCGGCAAAGAAAGGCAUUCGACGCACGCAUAUUACCCCAGAUACAGAAAUCGGCUUGAGCCAUCUUCCCCAUGUCAUCCUAAACCAGGCCCGAAUCAAUGCGUUUUUGACGGAUCUGAUGGUGCGUGCGUCUGGAGCUGCGAAUAUCGACUAUGGCUGUGAUGUUAAAGAUGUAUCAGUCGAUUCAAGCCUUGUCGAUGACCCAGAUGCACAUUGUGUUACUGUCAAUGCUGUAGAAGACGGUAUCCAGAAAGUCUACAAGGCUAAAUAUGCACUGGGUAGUGAUGGGGCGCAUAGUCAAGUUCGAAAAUCACUAGGCUUCGAAAUGAUCGGUGACAGUAGCGAUGAGGUCUGGGGUGUUAUGGACGUAUACCCAAAGACUAGCUUCCCAGAUAUUCGAAAGAAAGCCAUCGUCAAGUCAGAAGCUGGGACCAUUCUGAUCAUACCACGAGAAGGUGACUCACUCGUGCGCUUUUACAUCAAUCUUUCUGGUGGCGCCGCAGCAGCCAGAGAUGUGACGCUAGCCCAACUGCAUGAGAAAGCCCGACAAAUCUUCCAACCUUAUGCUAUGGACUUUCCGGAAACUUCCUGGUGGUCAGCGUAUGUCAUUGGUCAGCGCCUCACCAACGAGUUUCACGCACACUAUCGUGUAUUCCUCAGCGGAGAUGCUUGCCAUACGCACUCGCCAAAGGCCGGUCAGGGCAUGAACGUAUCGCUACAGGAUGGUUAUAAUCUAGGUUGGAAGCUAGCAGCGGUGCUCCAAAAGCAAGCCUUUCCUAAGCUUCUCGAGACGUACGUUCUCGAGCGUCAGAAGACGGCUGCGGACCUCAUCGAUUUCGAUAGGUAUUGGUCCAAGCUAUUCUCAGCUAGCAGUGAUCAAGGGAGCAGCAUUACUCCCGAGCUUUUCAUUAAGGCAGGUCGUUAUACAGCAGGCCUAGCAAUCCAAUACGAAACCUCCAUGAUCACGGCUAUAACCACGAGUCAAAGCUCAUUGGCUACGAAUCUGACUGUUGGCAUGCGCUUUCCGAGCGCCCAGGUCGUACGGGUCGCUGAUGCAAAACCAAUGUGGCUGACGAGGGCUCUGCCCGCGGAUUCGCGAUGGCAUAUCGUUAUUUUUGGUGGAGAUAUCCAGGAUGAGGAUACCGCCAAAAGAUUACACAAGCUCGGUUUGGAUUUAGAGGACCUCAUCCGCACUUUUACACCUUCUAAAUUCGAUCCAAACAGUGUCUUCAAUAUUAUCCUUGUAUUAUCAUCUAAACGAUCAAACAUCGAGCUUGAAACAAUCCCCAACGUAUUCAUGCUCGAGACCGGUAAAUGGAAGUUGAAAGACAUUUUGAAGAUUUUUGUCGACGAUGAAGAAUAUGGACGUGCGUACGAGGUAUACGGUAUAGACCCUCGCCAAGGCGCUUCGGUCAUCAUACGGCCUGAUCAAUACCUUGCUCAACUAAGUCCUUUGGAUGAUGUUCAUAGCGUUAAAACAUUCUUCAGCGGAAUUCUGAAAGAAUCCAAAUCAUGA